AUGAAUGCCCUUGAUGGCGUCCCCUUCAAGGUGCCCAAUGGCUUUGUGAUAGGCACAAAGUCCCCUCCUGGGCCAGAACUCAGCGUCCCAGCCUGCAGGGAGCUUCUGCUGGGUUCUAUGCACGACUUCAGCCUGGAGAGGAGGGUGCUCUUCUGGGUGGAGGCUGUCAUCCGGGGACCCUGCCCCGUCCAGUGCGACGCCCUGGGAAUGGCAUCGGCCCCCCCGGCCUGGCUCUUGCUGGUCGGUUCAGAACCUGAGCCAGUGCCCCCACCAGCUGCAGACACCUGCCCGGAGGCCAGACCCCAGCUGCAGCUAGAUCAGGAGGAGGAGAAAGAGGAGGAGGAAGAAGCCGCCUCUGCCAACGAGGAAGAGCCAGGUUCCUGCAGCCCCCUGUCCAGCUCCCCCGCGAGCGCUGGCCCGGGCCAUUCCCGAUGCUCGCUGGACUUGCUGCGCGGCGUGAAGUCGGAGCUGGCCGGGGCGCGGCGGCGGCUCUCGGAGGGCCGGCUGUCUGCUCGCCCCCGCGCCCUCCUGCACCGCAUCCGCCACCGGGCGCUGAGCCUCUGCCCCAGCCCCGCGCCGAGUCCAGGCCCGGUGCUGCCCGCGGACCCUGCGCCCACGCUCCCCAACGCCCCUGCGCCGCCCCCACGGCCCUCCACAGCUGGCGCCAUGCCCCCGCUGCGGAGCCACAAGCCCACGGUCGCGUCCCUCAGCCCCUACACCUGCCUGCCGCCUCUUGGCGGCAUGCCUCAGCAUCUCAGCACCUGCAGAUCACACUCCACUAGUUCUGCUGACCUGCUGUCUGCCCUGAGCCAGGAGGAGCAAGACCUCAUCGCGCCCGUAGUCGCCCUGGGGUAUCCCCUGCAUAGGGCCAUCACGGCUCUGCAGAAGACAGGGCGGCAGAGCCUGAGCCAGUUUCUCAGCUAUCUUAGUGCCUGUGACCGGCUGCUGCGGCAAGGCUACGAGGAGGGGCUGGUGGAGGAGGCCAUGGAGAUGUUCCAGUUCUCCGAGAGCCAGGCAGGGGAGUUCCUGCGCCUCUGGGAACAAUUCAGUGCCAUGGGCUUCCAGCAGGACCGGAUCAAGGAAGUGCUGCUGGUCCACGGCAACCGCAGUGAGCAAGCGCUGGAGGAGCUGGUGGCCUGUGCCCAGUGAGCACUGGCGCAUUCCACAAUGCCUGUGCAUCCCAGUCCUGGGCCAGACCUGGCAAUCCAUAGUAACUGGAUUAGUAAGACUACAUAAGAGGGGAAGCUGGCUGGCUAAGUUGGAGGAGUAUGUGGCUCUUGAUCUCAGGUUUGUGAAUUUGAGCCCCACAUUGGGUAU